AAUUAUAUUGAAUUGCAGAAUCACAUUCCAGAACAGUAGAGGUUAGGGGCGGAGUCUCGGGUGAGCAGGUGUAUAAAGGUACUGCUGGUAAAAGAGAAAGGCAAAAAACGGGACAAGGAGACUUAACCUGAACAAACUCUAAAGGGAACCUGAGAACAGCUUGUGAAGAUGCAGAAAGGGUUGCUGUCUGUACUCUUGGUCCUGGUGGCCUUUUCCACAGCCAUGGAAGGGAAGCUAGAUAAAACCACUGUAAAGAAAGAGAAGAGAGUUCCUCAGACUCUCUCAAGAGGUUGGGGUGACCAGCUGAUCUGGGCACAGACGUACGAGGAAGCUCUAUUUUGGUCACGCUCCAAGAACAAACCACUGAUGGUCAUUUUUCACUUGGAGGACUGCCCACACAGCCAGGCUCUGAAGAAUGCCUUUGCUGAGGAUAAAGAAAUCCAGAAUCUGGCCGAUGAGGAAUUCAUCAUCUUGAAUUUGGUGUAUGAGACCACAGAUAAGCACUUGUCUCCUGAUGGCCAGUAUGUUCCAAGAAUCCUCUUUGUUGAUCCCUCCAUGACUGUUCGAGCUGACAUCACUGGCCGCUAUUCCAACCGCAUGUAUGCCUAUGAGCCGGCUGACAUGAAACUCUUGUUAAGCAACAUGCAAAGAGCCUUAAAGUUUUUGAAGACAGAGUUGUGAACACAAAGGCAUGGCCUUUUGUCUGCAGAGAGGAUAUUACUUCCCUGAGGGUUACUUUUAUUCUGUCAUUGGUUUACUGAUGGCCAGAGGAGCACUGUAAAGCCCUGUACAAAUGUUAAAACUUGUUCUUUGAAUAGAUUCAGUUACCUUUAGGAUUCCAUUUUGAUAUAUUGUAUUUCAAUGUUUUGUUUUGGGAAUAAAUUAAGUUGUUCGAAAGCCGGUCCUCAUUGUAAUGUGUUAAAACAGUGAAUUGCAAUGUGACUGCCGUGACUAGGUUUUCUAUUUAAGAGUCUCCGGCUCAUAUCCUGGUGGGAGGGGCCUUUGUAACUGGCAACAUGUUAUCAUGAGUCACUGUGCGUUUGACCAUGUCAGUUUCUGAUUGGUCAGAGGUUGGAGGAAGUUGCUGUCAUUAAAUACUCACUUGGAAAGGAAUUUCAGACAAUAAAAGCCUCAACCAUAAGCAUUGUGGAAGCCUAAAAAUAAAAUCAGGGAAAGUACAAUUGUGUCCUCCAAGUCUUUAUUGUUUUCUGUUUUCUUUUCAAACACGUGAGAGCUUAGUUCACAGAACCAUUGAGUAUAGAUUUACAUUUCAAUGAGGAAACAUGCAAGAAUCAAAAACCAUAUUAAUCAAGGCAGUAAAACGAGCACACGCACAAACACACAAAAUAGGAAUAAAAUAGGCAGAUAAACAAUCGUGUAAUAUGAAAUCUGAGAUCAUUAAACUGUUUUCAAGAAAACAUUCUACCAUCAACCUUUAUUUUCCAUGGUUUUGUUUUUGCAUACUAAUAUGAAAUCUAAUCAUAAUAAUGUGUCUAGGGUUUUUAGGCAAGUGUGUUAAUUGGUAGAAAACCAAGUUUAUGCAUCAUCCAGCUGAAUAUAUUGUGUGACAAUCAGAAUGUAAAUAUUGUCAUGCUCACACACUGUCAGUCUUGAUCACUGCAGCUCACGUUAAAUACAAAUAAUAAAACGGCAAUCUUAUGACUAAAUGGUCUUUGUGGUUUAACCAAUUAGUGUCUCAUGUGCAUACUGCAUACUGGUAUUUGGUGUACUGGUGUAAUGUCCUUUGAUUAAGAGUAUUCUUUAAAAGCAGGAUACAGCCUCAUAAUGUACAGUGCUAUCACAAUGUA